AGGCAUCAAUUCAUUCAAAUACGAAAUCAAACCGAGGGAUUUGACAAGCGAAAUUUUAAACAGUAGGUAUACUUUCAGAGAUAUUGAGGAACUUCGUCAAAUUGCGAAAUCUUCCGUCGCAAGUUUCUUAUCUUUUGUAAUUUCCUUUCUAAUUUCAUCAUUCAAUAUAUUUUUAAUUCGACUUGUAGCAGUGUUACUGUUGUCCGCCCUUUGCGGCGUCCACUCCGCGUCCAUUCCAUCCAACUCGGACGAGCUGGACAAGUCGGACGGCACGCUGGAAACACCACUGGUCAGUGCGCUGGAAAGCAAGCUGGACAGCAUGCUGGAAAGCAAGUUGGAGAGUGAGCUAGACACAGACAAUCUAAAACAAUCCGUGCUGGAGGGUGUGAAGAAACUGCUGGACUCUAAGCUUUCAUCUUUGGCUAAGAAUGGAGAUCGAAAUGGUUCGGAUGGUAUUCCAAAACAACGACUCUUCAAACCGAAAAGCAGGAUGCGUCCGAUUUCAAAUCGAAAAGUCAAGACACAUCAGGAGUCAAACAGUUCAGAAGAAGAUUCACAGAACUCCGAAUUCGUCAAAGUUUUGACAGACGACUCUAAUCAAGACCCUGGUGAUGAAGAGUUAAGAGAUGCUGUAGAUGAGCUGCUAGAAGAAAACAAAAACAACGAUGAGGUGAUUUUAGAUGAGAGAACACCAGAUGCAGAACAAUUAACAGAUUAUAAUAGUGAUGAAAAAAUUAGCAAAGAUUCUUAUGAUGAUAUUACUACACAAGUCGUGAAAAACAGUAAAAGAUAUAGAAAAGGAAAUAAAAUAGACCACAGAAAAAAUAGUAAUAGUGUGAUCGUAGAAUCAUUAAGAAAAAUUUAUAAAAAGGAUGAUGAUGGUAAUAAUUUUAAGGUUAUCUCAGAUAAAAAGUUGAAAUCUACGUUAAAAGAUACCAAUGGUUAUGGCCUAGAACAUGCAAAUGACGCCGACGGUAUAAGCGCAAAGUGGAAAACUAAGCAAGUUAGAAAUAACAUUUUUUCAAAUAGACGAAACAAAUAUUUUAAAAGCAGGCCAUAUAUCACAAAAUACUCACAAAAACCACACAAAGUUGAUAAUUUAAAAGUUGGUGAAGGCAGUAAAGUUGAUGGCAUAAAUUACGUCAGUUAUGACGAAAAUGUGUCAGAAAUGGAAACACCUACAAGCAGUCAUCAGGAUAAAAACGGCAACAAUGAUGAAAUAAACACACUAAGAAACUCGACUGAUAAAAACUUUGGUUUUAGAAGAAAAUUAUUGAAAAAUAACCUUAAACAAUCCAGUAAAAAAGGAAAGGACCUACUCGAUUUCAGUGAAUCAGAAAAACAAGAUGACAGCUAUGAAGAUAUCCUAGAUAAAUUAAUAAAAGAGGAUAUCGAAACAGAAAUUAAUGAAAACCAAAACCAGGAACUAAUCGAUCACAAAGAAAAACCUAAACGAAAACUUGGCAAACAUCACAAUAAUUAUCGCCGUAUUGGCCGUGAUAAACUCGAGAAAAACUAUAAUGAUAAAUAUGAGCGAAUCUCGAAACCAAAACUUACUGAUUUAACAGUUACUAAUGAUCUUAUUGAUAGUAAAGAAUCCUGGCUGGAUAGUAUAUUAAAUAAAAAAGAGACUCAAAAAGAAACUCAUCACAACAUACCCUUAAAAUUAGGAAAACUAGACGGAGAAAAUCAGAAACAAGCCGAGAGUUAUGACUCACGUUCGUCAAUAUCAAAAGAAAACAGUUACAAUGAAGAAUUAAAUGAUACCAUCAAUGGCAAUAACUUUGAUGAAGAUAACGGUAUAAUCAAAGAUAUCGCUUAUGAAGAGAAAGAACAUGACUUUCAGUACAAAGAUUUUGUAAAUAAUAAAAAGAAAGCAAAUAAGGUUCGACCAGAUGAAAGAAAAGAUGACAAACGUAUUCAAGAAGAUAUUAAGUUUAGAAAUGAAGAAGAUUUAACUAAAUCAGAUAAUGAUGUAACUUCAAGGGGUGAAAGUGUUAUGGGAAAAUAUUUGAAAGAUGGUGAAGAUGAUAUAUUUGAAAACGAAGAUGAUAUAACUGAAAGGGAUAGUGAUGUAACAUAUAUAAACCAAAUAAAUAGCACUGGCAAGAAAAAACAUAUUACGAAAAACAAACCAAACACAGAAGAGGGUAUAAGUGUCUCUAAAAAGGGUAAAAAUAAUUGUCGUGAGAAAAAAGUCGAAAGUGACGAAACUAAAAUAAUACGUGAUUUGAUCGAAAAUAAGGAAGUUAAAAAGUCCUUUUCUUUUUCGCUGAAUUUCAUAUCUCAGUAAAACAAAAUA